UUCAGAAAAAAACCUAGAAGCUAGGCUGUUUCUUUGUAGUCAUCUCUCCGGAAACAAUUUUUCUUGUUGACAUUGAUUUUACCAAGAAGUAGGGGGAGGAGCAUUUCGAUCAUUUCCAUUACUAAAAGAGAGAAAACAUGGGUUCUCUUCCUAUAAUGGGGAUACCUUAUAGAGCAGUCAUGAGUGGAAAUUGGAAAAGCAUGCGUGACCAUUAUCAGGAACGUGUCCUAGAUGUGCCCUUCCCAGUUACGCUCUCUGCGGAUACUGCACUUCAUUUAGCUGUGUACAGCAAACAAAAGCAACCACUUAAAGAUUUACUUGAAAUCGUGAAGGAUAUACAAUUCUUUUUACCUGACGAGACCGAAUCCCUUGUAACUGAGACAGAGUCCCUUGUAACUGAGACAGAGUCUGAGACAGAGUCCCUUGUACCUGAGAUAGAGUCCCUUGUACCUGAGAUUGAAUUUCUCAAGAGAAAAAACAAAUUUGGAAAUACGGCUCUUCACGAGGCAACCAUCUACGGGAAUUAUGAGGCUGCAAGGCUCUUGGUAGAACGUUGUCCAGACCUCCUUAAGGAAAAAAAUAACUACGGUGAAACCCCAUUGUUUACAGCUGCUGGAUUUGCCGAGACAGAAAUAGUGGAGUUUUUAAUCACAUCCAAACCAGAAAAAUGCGUGGAUGAUAAGUGCCGCCUAUUAUCAAUUCACCGCAAGAGAACGGAUGGCCUGUCUAUCCUUAGCGCUGCUAUCAGAGGGCAACACUUUGAAACAGCUUUAAUGUUGCUAGAACUGGAUGCCUCGCUCCACAAGUUGAAGGACAAAGACGGCGUAACUGCUCUUCAACUUCUAGCCCAAAUGCCAACCGCUUUUGAGAGUGGAUUUCCCAUGGGCAUAUGUGGAAGACUCAUCUACUGCUGCCUUCCUGUUAAACGUCACCACGAGGUAAAAUCACAGGUAGAAACUUGGUUCAAGGAAAGAAAGAGAGAUCUUGAGAGCGGUCAAGGGAGGAACUCUGAAGAUCUGGGGAGCGGUUCGGAGAGGAAUCAAAGAGCCGGCAUACUCCAAUAUUUAAAGGUCCCUAAAGUAGGAUGUUGGCUAGAUGGAUUCUGGAACCAGAAAAGAAAGCAUGUAUUUGCUUUGAAAGUCGCCGAAAUCCUAAUAGAGAAAGAUGAGUCAUUGAAUAAAGUCAGUGUCAGCAUAACAAAGGAAGGACUGGGUGGGAAAGAAUAUAGAAAGGGAGAAAACCAGUUAUCUGAAUUCGCUAGCAAAGGAAAAGAUACAAUUGAAAUCCAACUUCAUUAUACAACAGAAACUUCUGAAACGAACUCAUCAUUGAAGGAGAAGAUCCCAUUGUUUAUUGCAACCAAAAAUGGAAAAGAAGAAAUUGUGUUGGAGAUAAUGAAAAAAUAUCCCGAUGCUAGGAAGGAGCAUAUCCCAUUGUUUAUUGCAACUAUAAAUGGAAUAGAAGAGAUUGUGUGGGGGAUAAUAGAUCAAUAUCCCCACGCUGUUGAGCAUCUCAAUGAGGAGGGCCAGAGCAUUUUGGAUGUGGCCGUCAUGCAUCGCCAGAAAGAGAUCUUCAAUCUUGUGAAGCAACAGAAAGUACCAUUGGCUAGACUGCAUCGAGUAAUUGAUAAGAAGUGCAACACAUUGUUGCACCAUGCUGCAGAUAUGGAGCAUUACAGAGGAGGAACCAAGCCUGGGCCUGCACUUAAACUUCAGGAGGAGUUGCAAUGGUUUGAGCAAGUGCAAAAGGUAAUUCCUUCUCAUUAUGUCACGCUUCGGAACGAUGAAGGCAAGACUGCAGAUGAGCUCUUCAAAGAGAGUCACCAGGACCAACUGAAAAAUGCACAAAAAUGGAUAAAGGAAACGACUCAGUCUUGUUCCACAGUAGCUGCACUUGUUGCUACUGUUGUCUUUGCUGCUGCCUAUACUGUGCCCGGAGGUUCUGAUAAGAAUGGCACGCCCAACUUCAUCAACUCUCCCUAUUUUGUGGUUUUCACUAUCUCGGAUGUUGUUUCCUUAGCAAGCUCCUUGACUUCGCUUGUGGUAUUUCUGUCUUUGUUGACCUCUCCAUUUGAGCUACAAGAAUUUCGCAUCUCUCUUCCUCGGAAACUUCUUGUUGGCUUCACCUUCCUCUUCUUUGCUGUGAUAACGACCAUGCUAUCUUUUGGGGCCACAAUCUUGAUACUCAUUCAGUCAGAGAAAAAGUUGACAACAUUACUCCUUUCCAUUGCUGCAUUCCUUCCAGUCUUAGUAUUUGCAAUAAUGCAAUUCCGUCUGUAUGUCUCAUUUAUGGGCUCCACAUGCAACAUUCUCAGGAUAACCGGGAAAACUCUGCCACGGUUUCUUGCCCCUUGCCUACCACGGGAGAAAAAGCUCCGUUGAGUUGAUUAAUAUGGGAGAUUUAACUGGCAUAGAGGUUAUUCCAUUUUCUUGAUGAUUUGAACCUCUACCAUAGAUCAUUAUAUAUUGUGUUUUAUUGCAUGUAUGGUUGUUAUUCAGUUUCGUGAUAUUUAUGUGGUUGUGAUGUUUUCAAUGACGGCCUUUAAAACAGUAUGCAUUAUAUAUAGUUUGUCACAGGUUGGCAUUUGAAUGGUAUGAUUACAGGCCUUCAAGCUUGCUUCAAUCAGUUACAUGGUAAUAAAAUUGGAUGUAAAUUAUAAAUGUUUAAUGUGUGGUCAGUUCUGGAUUAUAAAUAUUUAAUGUGUAUUUGAAUUA